AUGAACGAGAGCAGCUUUCAGUUGAAGCUAUUGCCCAAUGGACGAACAGAAUGCUAUCUGAGUGAGGAUUCGGAAUUGUUCCACACAACGAUCUCAUAUAUUUAUGCAUCUGCUGAGAGUUUAUUCGUGAUCAGUGAAGAUGGUCGAUUAUUUGCACGCGGCAAAACCAACUUUGGACAAUGUGGUGUGAUACAAACGGAAGAAAUUGAGCAAUUCAGAGAAAUCAAAUUGGUCGCACCAUUGGCCAUAUGUCCGCAUGGAAUUACGGUUACUUCAAACGAGGCAAUUUGUGUUCGUCAAGUGGCUGCAUCAGAACGUCAGGUGUGCGUGAUGGAUGACGAAGGACAUUUGUGGAGUUAUGGUGAUCGUUCGUUGAAAAUUGACUCGAACGGGUGUAUCGAAGCGAGGAUGUUACCGCUCUCACAGAGUCGACGAGUCGUACAACUGGAAGCUGGACGUUCACAUUUCGUUUGUUUGGUAGCGUAUUGUGUGGAUGAUACGGAAAGAGCCACCGAGUUCGCUUCAGACGCGCAGUUUGUUCGAAGUCACAUUCUUCCAUCGGAACACUGCGCGAGAUGUCGUGAAGAAAACGAAUGUCGCUUAAGUACACUAAUGCAGAGAGCAGAUGAUGACGCUGAAGAGAGUCAUGAAUUAGAGGAAAUGGUACGGCAUGACGAUGAGACCUCUGAGAAGCUUAUGACAGCAGCAAGAAAUUUUCGAUUACUUCUUCAAGGAGAUUCUUCACCAAGCAGCAGCAGUUCACCUCGUGCCAGAACACUCCCGCUCCAAAGUGAACCAUCUUAUUUUCGGUCGUCAUUCUCAAGGAGAGCGCAUCUGACAUCCAAUAACCAAUCAACAGCUGACGGUGCAAUUGAAAUGUCAACAAUUGGACCGUCCACAAUUGGACUUGAUCUGAUGAAUCUACCGGGAGGGCGAUUCACAUUCGUUUCACUCGAUAACCUUCCACUCACCUAUAUGGACUCUGAUGAAAAUGAGAGCUCAUCGAACACAUCGAAUACAGAUCAGACGAACACAACGAUCGCCAGUAAUUCAUCGCAUCGAAGUGCUACGUCUACACCUCGUAAAACUGCAACGAAUGCGUCGUCAACGCACCGAGACGAGCGACGUUUUCCAUUGGAGGUGUGGACAUGGGGAGAGAAUAACGUUGGGCAACUGGGACAUAACGAUCAAAUUGCAAGGCGUGAACCGUUCAAAAUCGCCGCGUUGUCGGGUAUUUGCUGUAUAAAAAUCUCGUCUGGUGACUACCACAGUGUAGCGCUUACGGGUACAGGUGAACUGUACGUUUGGGGUUCGAACAAAUGCGGACAGCUGAAGCAAUCUGAUCAACCGUACAUUACCAUACCAACAUUAUUCAAAGUUGGUUCUCAAUCAUCAGUUCUGGACGUGAGUGCCUCAGUGUCGCAAACGGCCCUGAUUGUGAGUGGUAUCGAUGCGACACCAACAGUGUAUUUUUGUGGACAUAAUACUUACAGUGAUUUCACACCAAUGAACACACCGCAAACAUUUCGCAUUUCAUCUGUUGAAAAGAUAGGUUUUCCGAUGUGUGUACGUUUGUUGGGGGUUGAUCUGAUGUUGGGCAUUUGUGAACGUCAUCAAAACAUCGACAGUAGCAGCAAC